CAAACAUCACACAAACAGCUCUCACAUCAUCCACGUUCGACAUUCUCGACAGAACAAUCUCAUACAAUCCGCUCCCAGACGACCGCUGAUACCAAGUGAUAAGAAAGGCACGCCACGAUGGCUUCCGCCGACGUGAUCAACCCGGCCAACACACCAGCGCCGCAUCUCCAACGACAAAUCCCAAACUCCGCCAUCACCAACAUCGACACCGUUGAAGGUCUUGCAGACUCCGACGACCAAUACGCCACAUACAAGAAGUUACAGCGACAACUGGAGUACAUCAAGCUACAGGAGGAGUACAUCAAAGAUGAGCAGCGAAGCUUGAAGCGAGAGUUGGUGCGCGCACAGGAGGAGAUCAAGCGGAUACAAAGUGUGCCGCUGGUCAUCGGGCAGUUCAUGGAGGCUAUCGAUCAGAACACUGGGAUUGUGCAGUCAUCGACAGGAAGCAACUAUGUUGUGCGGAUUCUAUCCACCCUCGACCGUGAGCUGUUGAAGCCCAGCUCGAGUGUGGCGCUUCACAGACAUUCCAACAGCUUGGUCGAUAUCCUCCCACCGGAGGCGGACAGCAGUAUCGCUAUGUUGGGCGCGGACGAGAAGCCAGAUGUUACAUACGCAGAUGUUGGUGGACUGGACAUGCAAAAGCAGGAGAUUAGAGAAGCAGUUGAGCUGCCGCUCACACAAUUCGACCUUUACAAGCAGAUCGGUAUCGACCCUCCUCGCGGCGUGCUCCUGUACGGACCACCCGGAUGCGGAAAGACGAUGUUGGUCAAGGCCGUGGCGAAUAGCACAACCGCGUCCUUCAUCCGCGUUGUCGGCUCCGAGUUCGUGCAGAAGUAUCUCGGAGAGGGACCUCGCAUGGUUCGCGAUGUCUUCCGAAUGGCCCGCGAGAAUAGCCCUGCAAUCAUCUUCAUCGACGAGAUUGAUGCCAUCGCGACCAAGCGUUUCGAUGCGCAGACCGGUGCCGAUAGAGAGGUUCAGCGUAUUCUCCUGGAGCUGCUGAACCAGAUGGAUGGUUUCGACCAGACUUCCAACGUCAAGGUCAUCAUGGCGACCAAUCGCGCCGACACCCUCGAUCCCGCUCUCCUCCGACCCGGACGUCUGGACCGAAAGAUCGAGUUCCCCAACCUUCGCGAUCGCCGCGAGAGACGAUUGAUCUUCUCCACUAUCGCUUCGAAGAUGAGCCUGUCGCCUGAGGUUGACAUGGACUCGCUCAUUGUGCGCAACGACCCACUGUCAGGAGCCGUAAUCGCGGCUAUCAUGCAAGAGGCGGGACUGAGAGCUGUGCGCAAGAACAGAUACAACAUCAUCCAGCAGGAUCUUGAGGAUGCAUACACGAGCCAGGUCAAGGGUGCCAGCGAGGCGGACAAGUUCGACUUCUACAAGUGA